UCCACAAUCAUACUCCGACCAGGUCACGCAAACAAAAACUCCUUUCCACUCCUCCAUUUAACCUUUUCAGUUUCUCUCUCCUCCUCAUCAACGGUUUCUGAGUUGCAUAAUCUCCUCUCUAUCUUUCUCAAAUAGAUGUCAUGGCCACAGCCACCGUGGACUCCUCCGUUUGCAACUACCAGAAUCAAGUCCACACCGAAUCUCUCCUUCUAAUCGACCUACGCCAUCUUUCCCAACCCGAACUCCUCUCCCUCUCCUUCUGUUCCUCCUCCUCCUCCCUCCACCGUCUCCAAACGGACACCGCCGACGUCUCCACUCCUAAAAUCGACCGUUCAGUCUUCAACGAGUCUGCUGGAAGCCGCAAACAAACUUUCUCACGCCUCCGCCUCGCCCCUCGCAACAAUAACGCUUCCUCUUCUUCGAAUUCAACUCCUGUUGUUCCCUAUCAAAUUACCGAACGACACCCUCUCGAUGAAGAGAAUUCACAGAUAAUUUAUCUUCUCAAGUCGCUGUUUGGUUCUGAUUCUCACUUUAUUGAAAAUAACAACGAGAAUAAUCAUAACCUAGUCUCCGUUCCUGUCAUCUAUAAUGAAUAUAUGCGUUUGCCUUGUACAAAUAAUGCGGAAUUGCAAAAUGUUGGCUUUAGUCAAGGAGGAGUAAAAAGCUUAGAGGUAAAUCACUUGAUUUCGACUCGAAUUGCUGAAUCUAGUUCAAAGAAAAGGAAACGAGGCAGGCCACGGAAGAAUGAGAAUGUCGAUUUCGGUUAUAACGAGUUAGAAGAGAGGAAAAAAAUUGAGAAUAAAACGAUUGCUGUUGUAUGUGACGAUGUGGAAGUGCAGAAUAAGAAGAAAGAGGAGAUGGAGAUGGUGGGCAAGAAUGGAGUGGCAGUGGACUUUGUGGCAUUGGGGAAUAUGGAGGAUCCGUAUGGGGAGGAGUUGCGGAGGAGGACGGAGGGAAUGCUUGGCUUUAGUCAAGGAGGAGUAAAAAGCUUAGAGGUAAAUCACUUGAUUUCGACUCGAAUUGCUGAAUCUAGUUCAACGAAAAGGAAGCGAGGCAGGCCACGGAAGAAUGAGAAUAUCGAUUUCGGUAAUAACGAGUUAGUAGAGAGGAAAAAAAUGGAGAAUAAAACGAUUGCUGUUGUGUGUGACGAUGUGGAAGUGCAGAAUAAGAAGAAAGAGGAGAUGGAGAUGGAGAUGGUGAGCAAGAAUGGUGUUGUAGUGGACUUUGUGGCAUUGGGGAAUAUGGAGGAUCCGUAUGGAGAGGAGUUGCGGAGGAGGACGGAGGGAAUGCUUGGCUUUAGUCAAGGAGGAGUAAAAAGCUUAGAGGUAAAUCACUUGAUUUCGACUCGAAUUGCUGAAUCUAGUUCAAAGAAAAGGAAGCGAGGCAGGCCACGGAAGAAUGAGAAUGUCGAUUUCGGUAAUAACGAGUUAGUAGAGAGGGAAAAAAUUGAGAAUAAAACGAUUGCUGUUGUGUGUGACGAUGUGGAAGUGCAGAAUAAGAAGAAAGAGGAGAUGGAGAUGGAGAUGGUGAGCAAGAAUGGAGUAGUAGUGGACUUUGUGGCAUUGGGGAGUAUGGAGGAUCCGUAUGGAGAGGAGUUGCGGAGGAGGACGGAGGGAAUGCCUGGCUUUAGUCAAGGAGGAGUAAAAAGCUUAGAGGUAAAUCACUUGAUUUCGACUCGAAUUGCUGAAUCUAGUUCAAAGAAAAGGAAGCGAGGCAGGCCACGGAAGAAUGAGAAUGUCGAUUUCGGUAAUAACGAGUUAGUAGAGAGGGGAAAAAUUGAGAAUAAAACGAUUGUUGUUGUGUGUGACGAUGUGGAAGUGCAGAAUAAGAAGAAAGAGGAGAUGGAGAUGGUGAGCAAGAAUGGAGUGGUAGUGGACUUUGUGGCAUUGGGGAAUAUGGAAGAUCCGUAUGGGGAGGAGUUGCGGAGGAGGACGGAGGGAAUGCAAUUGAAGGCAGAAUUUUUAGGGUUUUUGGAAGGGUUCGAGGGUGAAUGGGGGAGUACGAGAAAGAAGAGGAGGAUUGUGGAUGCUAGCUUGUUUGGGGAUGCCCUGCCGAUUGGGUGGAAGCUCUCUAUCUGCGUCAAGAAGCAAGCCGGUCGUGUUUGGUUGGCUUGUACAAGAUACAUAAGCCCUAAUGGGCUGCAGUUUGUGUCCUGCAAGGAAGUUUCAUCGUAUUUACUUUCCUUUUCUGGACUUCAUGAUGUAAGACGGUCGAAUUUUGAUCACAUGGAUGGCAGGAUUAAGUUGACCGACAAAAUAGCUACAUCCAUUUCUGCAGAUCAAACAUGUAAAGAUGGCAAGAAUGAGAAUGAUUUUAUUAGUUAUAAGGCAUUGCCUGUCACCUCUACAUCUACUGAGACAGGGGGGUGUCCGAGGGAGGUUCAAACAGGGAUGAAUUAUGAAUGCCACAAGUGCACCUUGACUUUUGAUGGGCAGGAUGACUUGCUACAGCACUUGCUAUCAUCUCAUCAGCGGUCUCCAAAACAGCUUAAAUGUGGGACAUCAACAAAUGAAGAGGUGAUAAUAAAAAAUGGAAAGUAUGAAUGUCAGUUUUGUCUUAAACUUUUUGAAGAAAGGCAUCACUUCAAUGGCCACCUUGGGAACCACAUAAAAGAUUAUCUCAAGAAACUUGAUGCUUCCAGCGACAUAACCACUCAAAAGAAUGAUGAACCUGCAUCUGUUGAAAUUCCUUUUGGAUCUGUAAAGAUCCAAACAUCGAUUGACAUUGACAGGGAUUCUGAUGAAAUAACUUCUAACACUAAAACCAAUGGUGAAAUAAAUUCCAUCAUUCCAUAUUGUGAAAUGAAGGCAAAUACUUCUGUAGAAGCCUAUUGUGGUAAGCAGGAUAGAGCAUCUAAUAUUAGCAAUGAUGAAGUGGGGGAGAUGAAUGAAGUUACUGACAUUGUUGCUGCUGAAAUUAGUGUUUGUUCAGAACCAGCCUUCUUGAGUAAUGAGAAUAAUGCAAUUCAUAGAUCUUCUGAUGAAACAAAUGUUCCCAAGUACUGCACCAACAUUAUCGAUGAUCUUGACUGUUCAGUUGCUGGUGAUGUAAGGAACCUGGCCUGUAUAAAUUUGAAUAGGGUUCCCCCUAGGCUAAUUGAGGAACUCAAUCAGGGGAGAGGUUCUGAUAGUGGUUUACUUGCUCCAAAUGCCAAGGAGAACAUGUUUAAUGAUGACAUUAUUGAGGAUAGGAAUUGCUCUAGCACAAUUGAUAACAUGGUAAUUGAUGAUUGGGAUGCAGAUGGAAAAGGUGAGCCUAUUACUGGUUCUUGUGCUGCAAUAGCAGAGAAUGUUGCUGCUAAUUUGAAGGAGCAAAGAAGUUCUGAAGGCUGUUCUGUCGGGCUUUUAAAUUCCAUUGCGGUGGAAACCAUGCAGGAAAAAAGUUCUAAAGGGGAUUUAACGGGUAUUGAGAACAACAUGAACAGUGUUUGUACUGGCAUGUUAAAUGAGAGCAAAUUUGAUGAUGUUGGUAAACCUGGGACGAAUGAGUUAACAAGUGUUUGCCGUGACAAUAACACUGCACUGGUUGAUGAUAAUGUGGUGAUUAAUGAACAAGGGAAAAAUCAUGGGGGCUGCCCAGUUAUUCCAUUUUUGAACGAGCAGAUGCAUCUCGCUGAAAAUAAUAUCACUGGGACUCCUAAAUGCACAAUAAGAGAACCCUGUCAAGAAGAGGAAUCUGAAGGUGGCCUGCUUACUAUAUCUGGUAAUGAGCAAUCAUUUGACUUAAAAGGUAAUGUAAUUAAGGUUUCCAAGGGCACAAUAAAUGUGGUUAAUCACAAUGAAGUUCUAUGCCUUAAGAACAAUGAGUUUGGCAGUGAGAUUGAUCAAUCUGUGCAGACCUUAACUAAUAUUCAGGAAAGAAGUUCAAACAUUUUUUCAUUUUUUCCAUCUACAAAUGGACUAACAUUUGCUUCAAAAGAUGAGCAAUCCCAUGAUGAUGAGAAUAGUAUGAAUCAGUUAUCAUGCACCACAUCAGCGGAAGACAAACUACAGGAAGCUAAAACCUCCUGCAAUGGAGAGUUAUGUAUUGCUUUCGGUGACAAUUGCACUGAACAGGAUGCAGAUAUUGUGACAGGCACUGUGCAGGAAAUUUGUUUUCUUUUUGCUGGGAAUCAACAUACAUUGACUGCUAAAGAUAAUGCAACUGGUCCCUUCAAUGGCACCAUGGAUGAGCUGAACCAGAAAAUGGAUUCCGUAGAGAGUGUACUUUGUCUAUCUGGUGAUGCGCCGAUGCGGAGUGUUGAAAAGAAUUUGCACACAGCAUUUACAGGGUCAAUUCAGGAGGAGCCGAGGGUAAAGAAUACAGAAAAUUCUAAGAAAGAUGAUUUGGGUCAUGAUUUUAGUGGCCACCCUGGACCAAAUGAGAGUGUCGAAUCUGAGUUUGUGUGGAGAAAUGAAGAAAAUGGUGGCCUGCGAUGUGAUUUUGCUGAUACUUGUCAACCAGUGCAAGCAUCAGGUUUUUUCCCUCUGUAUGAUGCGGUUUCAGAUAAGGGUGAAAGUGAACACUUUGGGGAGGCAUAUGGUGUUAUAUCAGGUUUUGAAGGGUUGAAAUCGGGUGGCAUGGAAAAUAUGGAAUAUAAUCUUCUGACUUCUCAAGUGAGCUCUCAUUCAGAUGAAUCCAAGGUUGUUUCAUGUGAUGCAGUUAUACCUCAAGGGUUUGAUUCUUCUGUUUGUCUUGAGAAGGGAGAUUUGCCUUUUUUGCCAAAGAAUGCAAGCAGGCACCACGUACCUGCUGUGUGUGUCUGGUGUGGAAGGGAGAUUUGCCAGGAGGCUUUUGAAUCUGAAGCACAAACAAGCACGAUGGGUUUUAUGUGUGCAGAGUGCGCUGCCAGGUUUUCAGGGCAAUAAUGUACAGUAAAAUGGGUUGCUAAUUAACAAUUCCAGGCUCCCAUGAGAAAAAGAGCUCAGGUAGUUUCUACUUUCUACAUUCAGAAAUUGUUUCUUUUGGCUAGAAAUGAUUCCAUGUUUUACAGAAAUUCAAACACCCAUUUGGUUGUUACCCUGUUGUCUUCUAAAAGUCGAGCUUGGUGUCAAAUUAACAAUUGUUUUUGUCAGGUUCAAGUUCUUGAACCAUGGAUACUUUUUUCAGCAUGUGAAUUAUUAUGAAGUGACAAUGUUUUCAUUCGCA